AUGACUCACACACUGCAGUGGCCGGCGCUGGAGCUGUUGUCGGACGGUGGUGGAGCUGACACUGCUGCCUGCGUCUCGCAGUGGCCGGGGCUAGAGCUGUGCGUGGUGUUCCAGUGGGGCAGCACCCAGGUCAGCCCGCCAUCUACCUCACCACUUCCAGGGCAGGAGGACGCUGCUGGGGGCGCCGCAGCCGACGAAAGCAACGCGCUCGGCCCGCUGGAGGCGCUGCUGCUGGACCGCAGUGACGUUACGGUGCUGGAGACACCGCUCGAGUGGUACUGCUCCGACCUGCGCCGACUUCGGGACGCCGUGCUCGCCGGCCUUCGAGUGGAGGUUCUGCGACGGGAGAAAUGGAGUCCAAAGAAGAUAAAAAAGGGGAAGACAAAGGAUACUAAAAAGGGAAAGCAAAAAAGAUGAUAAAAAACGUUCAGGCGAACAAGAUGGAAAGAAGAACAAAAAGACAGUAGAAAAGGAGGCCAAAAAGAAAACAAAAGA